UUCGUCAUGCAGUUGAAGCACCUGAGGACCCUGCUGAGCCCUCAGGAUGGAGCUGCAAAGGUGACCUGCAUGGCUUGGUCCCAGAACAAUGCCAAGUUUGCCGUCUGCACAGUGGACCGGGUGGUGUUGCUAUACGAUGAGCAUGGGGAGCGGAGAGACAAAUUCUCCACCAAACCAGCUGACAUGAAGUAUGGCAGGAAGAGCUAUAUGGUGAAGGGCAUGGCUUUUUCUCCUGAUUCCACUAAAAUUGCCAUAGGACAGACCGACAACAUCAUCUAUGUGUACAAGAUUGGCGAAGAUUGGGGUGACAAGAAAGUCAUCUGUAACAAAUUCAUCCAGACGAGUGCUGUCACCUCUCUGCAGUGGCCAGCAGAGCACAUCAUUGUUUUUGGACUGGCUGAAGGGAAGGUUCGUUUAGCAAACACUAAAACUAAUAAAUCAUCUACCACCUGUGGGACAGAUUCUUACGUCGUAUCACUGACAACAAAUCCCUCUGGGAAAGGAAUUCUCUCUGGUCAUGCAGAUGGCACCAUUGUUAGGUAUUUCUUCGAUGAUGAAGGCUCUGGAGAGUCACAGGGGAAGUUGGUUAACCACCCAUGCCCACCCUAUGCCUUGGCUUGGGCAACCAACAGCAUCGUGGCUGCAGGCUGUGAUCGCAGAAUUGUAGCCUAUGGAAAGGAAGGCCACGUGCUACAAACUUUUACGCACCCAUUUCCACCCUUUUGCUCAGUCUCCAUCUCUUCUGAAAUCCACCUCCUUAAUUUCAGACUUCGGGUACUCAACUGGAGCCCUCGAAGAAGCAUCUGGGAAGAGGCAAAGCCCAAGGAGAUUGCCAACUUAUAUACCGUCACUGCCUUGGCCUGGAAACGGGAUGGCUCACGACUCUGUGCGGGCACACUCUGUGGUGGAGUGGAACAGUUUGAUUGCUGCCUCCGGAGAAGCAUUUACAAGAAUAAGUUUGAGUUGACGUAUGUGGGACCUAGCCAGGUGAUUGUGAAGAACCUGUCAUGGGGGACCCGAGUGGUACUCAAAUCACACUAUGGCUAUGAGUUGGAAGAGGUGAAAAUCCUUGGAAAGGAACGUGACCUGGUGGCCCACAUGUCAGACACGCUACUGCUGGGGGACCUGAACAUUAAUCGCCUUAGUGAGGUGGUUUGGCAGGGAUCUGGUAGCAAUGAGAAGUAUUUCUUUGAAAAUAAAAAUGUGUGUAUGAUCUUCAACGCUGGAGAGCUAACCCCGGUGGAGUAUGGGAGUCAUGAUACCCUGGGUUCUGCACGUACUGAAUUCAUGAACCCCCACCUCAUCAGUGUCCGUAUUAAUGAGCGGCGUCAACGAGGGAUGGAAGACAAUAAGAAAUUGGCUUAUCUUGUUGAUGUUAAGACGUUGCGCAUUGUGGAUCUGACUGGUGGCUACAACAUUAGCACCAUCAGCCACGAGAGCCGUGUGGAUUGGCUGGAACUUAAUGAAACGGGGCACAAGCUUCUCUUCAGGGACCGGAAACUUCGUCGGCAUCUGUACGAUAUUGAAAGCUGCUCUAAGAUGAUGAUGCUCAACUUCUGCUCCUGCGUGCAGUGGGUCCCAGGAAGUGACGUGCUGGUGGCUCAGAACCGAAACAGCCUGUGUGUGUGGAACAACAUUGAGGCACCCGAGAGGGUCACCACAUCCUCUCUUAGGAAUGCCGUUGAGGAGGCUAUGGACAUGUACCAGGAGCUGCACCAUUGGGAUGAGUGUAUCGCUGUGGCUCAGGCCAAGGGGCACCGAGCCUUGGAGAAGCUGCGCCGGAGUUACUACCAGUGGCCGAUGGACACACAGCAAGAGGAGAGAGCCGGUGAGCUACAGGAGAGCCAGGGGGAUGGACUAGCAGCCAUCAGCCUCUACCUCAAAGCUGGGCUCCCUGCCAAAGCUGCCCGACUGGUGCUGUCCCGGGAGGAACUGCUAGCUAACACUGAGCUGGUAGAAAAUAUCACUGCAGCCCUUAUCAAGGGGGAGCUGUAUGAAAGGGCAGGUGAUCUCAUUGCGGAGGAGCUCUACAUUAAGAGAGACUGAACAGAAGAUGCAGUAGACAUGUACACUCGGGCGGGCCUCUGGGAGCAAGCCCACAAGCUGGUGAUGAAGUGCAUGAGGCCGGAAGACGUGUCAGUGCUGUACAUCACCCAGGCUCAGGAGACGGAGAAGCAGGGCAAGUACCGGGAGGUGGAACGGCUCUACGUGACAGUGGAAGAGCCUGAUCUUGCCAUCACCAUGUUCAAAAAGCACAAGCUGGAUGAUGAUAUGAUCCGCCUGGUAGGGAAGCACCACCCAGAUCUCCUCAGUGACACACACCUACACCUGGGCAAGGGGAGCCCUUCUCCGUUGCUGGAGGCUGAAGGCCGACAGCAGGAGGCCGAGUAUCACUACCUCGAGGCUCAGGAGUGGAAGGCAACAGUGAACAUGGACCGGUCCAAUGGGCUUUGGGAGGAGGCCUACCGGGUGGCCCAGGCUCACGGAGGAGCUGAGGCCCACAAGCACGUGGCCUAUCUGUGGGCAAAGAGCCUGGGAGGAGAGUCCGCAGUGACACUGCUUCCUAAGCUCGGACUCCUGGAAGCUGCCGUUGACCACGCUGCCGACAACUGCUCAUUUGAAUUUGCUUUUGAACUCUCCCGGCUGGCCCUCAAGCACAAAACCCCUGAGAUUCAUCUCCAAUAUGCUAUGUACCUGGAGGAUGAGGGUAAAUUUGAAGAGGCCGAAGCUGAAUUCAUCAGGGCUGGUAAGCCCAAGGAAGCAGUCCUCAUGUUCGUCCAUAACCAGGAUUGGGAGGCAGCUCAGCGUGUGGCUGGGGCUCACGAUCCUGACAGUGUUUCCGAGGUGCUUGUGGGGCAGGCCCGGGGGCCCUUGGAGGAAAAGGACUUUCAGAAAGCAGAAGGGCUGCUGCUUCAGGCCCAGAGACUGGGCGUGGCCCUCAAUUAUUAUAAGGAGGCUGGAUUAUGGAGUGACGCCCUGCGGAUCUGCAAGGACUAUGUGCCGGGCCGGCUGGAGGCUCUGCAGGAAGAGUGUGAGCGGGAGGCUACCAAGAAAGGGGCCAGGGGCAUGGAGGGGCUCGUGGACCAAGCUCGCCAGUGGGAGCAGGCUGGAGAGUAUAGCCGUGCCGUCGACUGCUACCUCAAGGUGCGGGACUCAGGCAGCAGCAGCCUGGUGGAAAAGUGCUGGAUGAAGGCAGCUGAACUCGCCAUCAAAUUUCUGCCUCCCCAACGCAGUCUGGAAGUAGUUCGGGUUGUGGGACCCCAGCUGAUUGGAAUUGGAAAGCACAGUGCGGCUGCAGAGCUCUAUCUGAACCUGGACCUAGUCAAGGAAGCGAUCGACGCCUUCAUUGAGGGUGAGGAGUGGAACAAGGCUAAGCGUGUGGCCAAGGAGUUAGAUCCCCGGUAUGAAGACUACGUGGACCAGCAUUAUAAGGAGUUCCUCAAGAACAAGGGCAAAGUGGACUCGCUGGUGGGUGUGGAUGUGGUGGCUGCUCUGGACCUGUAUGUGGAGCAGGGCCAGUGGGACAAGUGCAUUGAAACGGCUACCAAGCAGAACUACCAGAUUCUGCACAAAUAUGUGGCUUUGUAUGCGACUCACCUGAUCCGAGAGGGUGGCUAUAGCCAGGCACUGGCCCUGUACGUGCAGCAUGGAGCCCCUGCAAACCCACAGAACUUCAACAUCUACAAAAGGAUCUUCACGGACAUGGUGAGCUCCCCUGGGACCAACAGUGCUGAGGCCUAUCACAACUGGGCUGAUCUUCGGGACGUGCUCUUUAACUUGUGUGAAAACCUGGUGAAGUCUAGUGAGGCAAACUCUCCAGCCCACGAGGAGUUCGAGACGAUGCUGCUGGUUGCGCAUUACUACGCCACUCGCUCGGCCGCCCAGAGUGUCAAACAGCUGGAAACUGUGGCUGCCAGGCUUUCUGUUUCACUCUUACGCCACACCCAGCUCCUACCUGCAGAUAAGGCCUUCUAUGAAGCAGGCCUUGCAGCCAAGGCAGUUGGCUGGGAGAACAUGGCAUUCAUCUUCCUCAACCGCUUUUUGGAUCUGACCGAUGCAAUUGAAGAAGGGACUCUGGAUGCCCUUGACCACUCUGACUUUCAGGAUACAGACAUUCCCUUUGAGGUGCCACUCCCAGCCAAGCAGCACAUACCGGAGGCUCAGAGGGAAGAGGUUCGAGACUGGGUACUCACAGUCUCAAUGGACCAGCGGCUGGAGCAGGUUCUGCCUCGGGAUGAACGCGGUGUGUACGAAGCUUCCUUGGUGGCAGCGAGCACUGGCGUUCAGGCACUACCCUGCCUCAUUACAGGAUAUCCCAUUCUGAGGAACAAAAUUGAGUUUAAGCGGCCAGGGAAGGCAGCUAACAAGGACAACUGGAAUAAGUUCCUUAUGGCUAUCAAGACUUCCCACAGUCCAGUGUGCCAGGAUGUGCUGAAAUUCAUUAGUCAGUGGUGUGGAGGGCUACCCAGCACCAGCUUUUCCUUUCAGUAACUAGUAGGCCUCAGGGAAGAGUUAUUGGAUUCUCUCCCUCAUUAAAGUCUUGUAGGUAAUGGAGA